GUGCGCCUUGCCCCGGGAGGAGUGCCGCCCGCCCCUGUCCCCACCGUUGCCGUCGCUGCGGAGGCCCAGCGUCCCCGAGCGUCCCCGCCAUGAAGCCCAACUUCUCCCUGCGACUGAGGGUCUUUAACCUCAACUGCUGGGGCAUUCCCUACCUAAGCAAGCACCGGGCUGACCGUGUGAAGCGCCUGGGAGACUUUCUGAACAUGGAGAGCUUCGACCUAGCUCUACUGGAGGAGGUGUGGAGUGAGCAGGACUUCCAGGACCUGAGACAGAAGCUUUUGCCCACUUACCCAGCUGCACACUACUUCAGGAGCGGCAUCAUUGGCAGUGGCCUCUGUGUCUUCUCCAAACACCCAAUCCAGGAAUUCACCCAGCAUGUCUUCACCCUCAAUGGCUACCCCUACAUGAUCCAUCAUGGUGACUGGUUCUGUGGGAAGGCUGUGGGGCUGCUGGUGCUCCAUCUGAGCGGAUUGGUGCUCAAUGCCUAUGUGACCCAUCUCCAUGCAGAGUACAAUCGACAGAAGGAUGUCUACCUAGCACAUCGUGUGGCCCAAGCUUGGGAGCUGGCCCAGUUCAUCCACCACACAUCCAAGAAGGCCGACAUGGUUCUAAUGUGUGGGGAUCUCAACUUGCACCCGAAAGACCUGGGCUGUCGCCUGCUGAAGGAGUGGACGGGGCUAUGUGAUGCCUAUCUUGAGACCCGGGACUUCAAGGGCUCAGAAGAAGGCUGUACAAUGGUACCUGAGAACUGCUACGUCAAUCGGCGGGAGCUGGAACAAUUUCCCUUGGGCAUCCGCAUUGACUAUGUGCUUUAUAAGGCAGUUUCUGGCCUAUACAUCUCCUGUAAGACUUUCAAAACUACCACAGGCCGUGACCCUCACAGUGGCACCCCACUCUCCGAUCAUGAAGCCCUGAUGGCUACUCUGUGUGUGAGACACAGCCCCCCCCAGCACACCUCCAACCCUUCUCAUGGACCAGCAGAGAGGUCAGCAUUGAUCAGUGUGCUGAGGGAGGCCUGGACAGAGCUGGACCAGGGCAUGGCUCAAGCUCUCUGGUGGGCCACCAUCGCUGGCUACGUGAUUGGUCUGGGUCUGCUGCUCCUGGCGUUGCUGUGUGCCCUGGCAGUUGGAGGAGGGAUCAGGGAAGUUGCUAUACUGCUCUGGACCCCUAGUGUGGGACUGGUGCUGGGGGCAGGUGCAGUCUACCUCUUCCACGUGCAGGAGGCCAAAGGCUUGUGUAGGGCCCGAGCUGAGCUCCAGCAUGUGCUAGGAAGGGCAAGGGAGGCCCAGGAUCUGAGCCCAGAGUCCCAGCCAGCUCUGCAACCAGGACGGCAGGAGGGGGACAGAGCUGAGGAACAAUAAAGCUUGACACUUUUAUG